AUGGCUGCCCAACAUUCGCCCAAUGGGCCGCUCACGCACCAGCAACACUACCCUCCCGCCUUCCACCAGCAGCCGCCGGGCCCGCCGCCACCGCCCAACGGAGUCAUGCACCCGCAACAACAGCAACAGGUCAAGAGCGCUACCGCACAGAGGCUGGCGAACGCCAACGAAGAGGUGUGGAUGGCGAUCGGGCAGGCUAGCGAAGCGCUCGGCGAUUACGAUGGAGCGUCGCACGCCUAUGAACGCGCCAUGGUCCACAACCAGUGGUCCGUCCGCGCCAUGCUCGCCAUCUCGUGCAUCUUGCGCGCCAAAGAGCAGUUUACCGCCGCCGUCGAAUAUCUGCGAAACAUCCUCAAGAUCGAGAGCCAGAACGGCGACGUGUGGAGCAGCCUGGGGCAUUGCUACCUCAUGAUGGACGAUUUGCAGCAGGCUUACUCUGCCUACCAACAAGCCCUCUACCAUCUUCCCGACCCCAAGGAACCCAAGUUGUGGUAUGGCAUUGGCAUUCUGUACGACCGCUACGGAUCGCUGGAUCACGCCGAGGAGGCCUUUUCGCAAGUCAUGCGCAUGCAGCCGAACUUUGAAAAGGCCAACGAGGUCUACUUUCGCCUGGGCAUAAUUUACAAGCAGCAACAGAAAUUCCAGUCCAGCUUGGAGUGCUUCCGCUACAUCGUCACUGACCCCCCAAGACCCCUGAGCGAGGAGGAUAUCUGGUUCCAGAUCGGCCAUGUGCACGAGCAACAGAAAGACUACGACUCUGCAAAGUCCGCGUACACGCGUGUCCUCGAACGCGACCCCUCGCACGCCAAGGUCUUACAGCAGCUGGGCUGGUUGCACCAUCAGCAAAGCACCAGCUUCAGCAGCCAGGAACAAGCCAUUGAGUAUCUCGAGAAGUCGGUCAAUUCUGACCAAACCGAUGCACAAAGCUGGUAUUUGCUCGGGAGAUGCUACAUGUCGCAGCAGAAAUACCCGAAGGCGUACGAGGCCUACCAGCAAGCCGUCUAUCGUGACGGCCGAAACCCUACCUUCUGGUGCUCGAUUGGUGUGCUGUACUAUCAGAUCAACCAGUACAGAGAUGCGCUCGAUGCAUACUCUCGCGCCAUCCGCCUGAACCCGAACAUCUCCGAAGUGUGGUACGAUCUGGGCACGCUCUAUGAGUCUUGCAAUAACCAGACCGGCGACGCGAUUGACGCAUACAAUCGUGCGGCCGAACUCGACCCGACCAACGUCCAUAUCAAAGCUCGGCUGGCUUUGCUCAACGGGCAGCCCACCAAUGGUCUUCCCAACCAAGCCGGCGCCCCAUUGCCGCAAGAUGUACACCCCCAGGCGUACCAACAGCCUGGUGCCCUGGGAGCUCCUGCCGUGCCUCAAUGGCCUGGACACGCCAAUCACAACCCUCCUACUGGCCCGGCGCCGCCUCCUUUGGCCGCCGGCAACAAUUGGGGCAACAAUCGCCUCGCUGAAAUGCAGAGUGCGCAGCCCAUGCCAGGGCAGCCCUCGAACCAUUUUAAUCAACGCGACCUAGCACCGCCUGCAGGGUCCAUGCACCAGCCUAGUCCGCCCCGCCAUGACCAGUCGCGACAGUAUCAGCCAGAGCAGCCGCCGGCGCGACAAGCUCCGGCGCACCGGGGCUUGUCGCGGUCGCCGAAGAUGCAGCUCUCUGGGCCGCCGGCAUAUCCACACGCGCCGCAGCAUCCGUCGCAUCCAUCCCUUCCCCAUCCUUCCGUGCCCCCGCCGCAAGAUGCACAUCGGCCAGCAUACGGUGCUCCCUCUUCCCACAUGCACACGUCCUCUGGUACUCCGCAAAAUGCCCUUGCGCCGUACGGCCGACCGGCGGAGUCGUCGUCAUCAGACGGCCGACCUCCUCAUCAACCCGUGACCUCUCCUCGUGGUGUGCAGUACCCUCGGUCUCACGCCGACUCUCACCCCACCUCCGCCUCUCAUGCCGGGAACUCACGUCCUCCGAGCACAGCUCCGCCGGCUACAGCAGCUGACAUUGGUGCUCGGGAGCGGGAAGAGAGGGCAUCUAGUACGGUGCCUGUCAAGCGUUUGCGCGAGUGGGAGGACGACUCGAGCUCGAGUUCGAAGAAGCUCUCCACGGACGAAAGUCGGUCCAGGUUGGAUGAAAUCAAAACGCAGCGCGCAUCUCCCGGCGAGAAGCUCACGCCGCCCCGACCGAGUCCCUCGGAGCUCCGACGAGGAGAAGAGCCACGGCCGCCAUCAGCCUACAGGCCGUCGGAAGCCGCCCACCACCCUCCAACCCUGCCAUCCGUUAUGGCAAUCACUCAGCCUUCGCCCGCGCCUCCUCCCUCGCUUCCUCCUCAGGAAGAAACAGCGCGAGCGCCGUCAGUCCCACAACCGGCCCCGGCCUUUGAACCCGCGGCGCGCAAGAUGGAAGUCGAUGAGAAUUAUGACGAUAGCGGCGAUGACAAGCCGGCUACGAAGCAGGAAAGCCAGAAGAGUAGCCCCAAGCCAUUGGCAGUGGCGGCGGCGUCGAGCGAUGCUGCUGCUGCUUCCACCCCUGUCCCCACCUCUGCUCCUGUUGCUGGUGCGGUGUCUCAAGCGCCCACGAACGGGACGUCGGAACAGCAGGCAUAG